AUGGACGGUGCUCUCCAACUCUUCUCCUCUUUGGGUGAUAAGGAGAUUUCACCUGAUGUUGUGACAUAUAAUUCAAUAAUUGAUGGGUUGUGCAAUAUGAGAAGAAUGGAUGAGGCUAAAGACAUUUUGAAGAAGAUGAUUGCUAAUGAUGUCUGCCCAAAUGUGUGGACGUGUAGUAUCUUGUGGAUGCUUGGUGCAGAGAUGGAAAUGUGGAAGAGGCUGAGCAUAUUGAUGCUUGUGAAUUUUGGAAUCAAGUCUAAUAUCAUAAGCUACAAAUUUCUUGAUGAGUGGGAAUGUGAAGAUGACUUGAAGUUGUGUAAAGAGAUGGAAGCUCUACAAGUCUCUGCUCAUAUAAUGACUUCUAGUAUCUUGUUGGAUGGUUUGUACAGAGCUCAUUGCAUUGCUGAAGCAUUUUUUAUGUUGCAUACCAUGGAAGAUAAAGACAUCAUUCCCAACAUAGUAACAUACAAUAUUCUCAUUGAGGGAUUGUGCAAUGAUAAUAAAGUCAAAGAAGCAAAAGAUUUGUUCAAUGAGCUUCUAUCUAAAGGUCUUCUCAAAAGGAACAAGAUGCAUGAUGCAUUACCAAUGUUGGAAGAGAUGGAUUCCAGGGGAUUCACACUUGACAAAAUUGCAUAUUCGAUGUUGAUUGAACAUGUACAAAGAGAAGGUAGAGAUAUUGUUUUAUUUGAUAAGGUUAAGAAACUCGUACCAAAGGACUUCAAUUCUAGUUAG